UAUGAAGAGUACUUAAAAAGAAAAGCCCAUUCAGGUAGUGAAGUACACUAAGGAAACAUAAAAAUUUGAAAUAACACAAGAGGCUAGAGAAUUUUUUCAACAGUUGGAUGGAGAUAUAGGUUUUGUUGUAGUUUGUGGAAAGUAUAGAACAGGCAAAAGCUUCUUGCUAAAUAAGCUAUUAGAUGCAGGAGGAGAAGGAGUAAAUUUAUGAUUAAAUUUUAAAGUUCAAAGUUGACGCUGCAACUGACUCUUGUACUUAAGGUAUUUGGAUGUAUACAAAACCAAUAAUUAAUCCAAAGACUAAUGUUUAGAUAUAUUUCUUAGAUACAGAAGGAAGUGAAUCUAUUGAAAGAUCAGCAAACCAUGAUGCAAAAAUAUUUGCUUUAGCUAUUUUAAUGAGUUCCAUUUUUGUUUUCAAUUAAAAAGGGUGCAUAGAUGAAACAUCAAUUUCUUAAUUAUAAUUAACAACAACAUUAGCAAAGAAUAUUUAAGUUUAAGAUUAGAAUAAAGAAUCUGUUAAUGAAUCAUAAAUUAAAUAUUUUACACCUAAAUUUGUUUGGAUUUUAAGGGACUAUGUACUAGAAAUGAAAGAUAAAUAACAAAGAGAUUUGACACCUAAAGAAUAUAUGGAAUAUUGUCUAACAGAUGAGAGUUAAUAUAUGAAAUAAAAUGAAUAAAGUAAAAAAAUAAGAAAAUCAUUACUUAACUUUUUUAAGGAGAGGCAAUGUUUCCCUUUAAUCACUCCUAUAGAUGAUACUCAACUGUCAAAAGUUAAUUAAUUAAGUCUUAAUCAAUUAAGACCUGAAUUUUAAAAGACUGUAAAUUUUAUUAAAUUAAUUUCAAGUUGUUAUAAAUAAAAGAAUAUCUUUUAAACAACUGUUCUCCAAAAUAAAUACAUUCUGAAAAUGUGAAUGGAAGAAUGUUUUGUGCAAUGUUAGAUAAUUACAUAAGUGUAAUUAAUAGAGGUGGUGUUCCUAACAUUGAUACAGCAUGGGAUAGUAUUCUAAAGAAUGAAUGUUAAUAAGGUUUUGAAUUAGCAAGAAAAAAUUAUUAAAAUAGUUUUAACAGUUUCUUUGUUCAGAAUAAAAAUAAUAGAAAAUUAGAAGAAACAUUUUUAAUAUUAUCAUAAAUUAGAAGUGAAUGUUUUGAUACAUUUCAUCUUAUUGCAGGAGUACGAGAAAUGAAUAAGCAUUAUGAAGAUUACAAAUAAAAACUUAUAGAUUUAAUGAAUAAUACUGAAACUGAAAUAUUAAAUUAAAAUGAUGAAAAUCAUUAAUUGUAAAUCUUAAAUAUUUAUUUAGAAAAAAUUAAGAGAUUAUAGCAUAAGAAACCAAGAAAUUAUAAGAUGAUGUAGAAAAAGAGAACUACACUGCUGAUGAUUUACAUUUUUUUUCUGCUGAUUUUGUCAGGUAAGAGUUGAGUUCAUUUUAGUUUUUUAUUGAAUUAUGAUAAAUAAGCAUCUGGAGCAAGGAAGGCAAGUACACUUUAUGAAUAUUUAAAAUUAACUCAUUCAAAUUUAUUAAAAAAAUUAGAGAAAUCAAUAAGACUAAAAUAAAAUAAAAAGGGAGGAACUUAGACUAAUAUUAAUUAAGAAUUAGCAUAGGAAAUUCGAGAUUAUGAUUCUUAAUUUAAAUUAUUAGAAUAGAAUAUAUCCUAAUAAGAUACAUAAUUAAAAAAAUUAGAAAUUGAAAAAUAAAAAUUAGAUGAAGAAAAAAAGAAAUUAAAAGAUGAAUUAGAGAAGAUGUAAAACAGUAAUAAAUAGUAAGGAUCUAACUAAAAUAAUAUUGCUGAAAAAUAAAAAUUAGAGGAUGAUUUAAAAAAAUAAGAAAAGGAUAAGUAGGAACUCAAUCUAAGACUUAAAGUAUUUAAUUAUAUUUAAAAUUAGAAUCUUACAAAAAAAAAGAAGGGCUGUUGUGGUUGA